UGAAAAAAUAGCAGCAAUGCAGUGAGGAAUUUUUUUCUGAAACUUGAAUACUUGCUAGAAUUUUAUCCUCUAUUUAUUUCAGAAGAUGUUACCAAUUUGAUAUGUUGGUCGUUUAGUACAUUUAUUAUCUGUGUUAAACAAUUUCAAGUUAUGAGUCGGUACUCAAUUGUGUGCUAUAAAUAUGUACUUUGGGCUGUCAAAAUCUUUUUUACACCAUAUGAAUUUUGAAUACCCACCUCCCAGAUCCUAGACCCGCCCCUCCUAGUUCAAGCUGCUAAUGGUCUGGAAACCCAACUGAAACCACCCCACCCCAAAUCAAAUAUUGCGUCCCCCAUGGAACCACCCCAAUCCACUUUGCUGGAUACAGGAACCGAACCAAGCCAGACUGGACAUGCAUUAACCUUAUCCAAUCCAAACCGUCUUCAUUUGAAUGAUUUUUGCCUAUUAUCUCAAUUUGGUUCAGAUGAGGAUGCUAGCGUAUCCUGUCAUGGAGAGCUUUCCUGACCAAGGAAGUGUUAAGGCGAUGGCCCACCACUAUUACUCUUCAGUGGUGGCAUACGGAGCGUUGGAGCUGUGAGCUGCAAAGAGCGGCAUCUGGGACAUUUGCAACAGAACCAUUCAAGCCCAGUCCAAACCGAUUCAAUCUGCUUUUACCUACAAACCAAACCAAACCAAACUAUUUUCUAGUGCUAGUCCAUUCCCACCAGACCAAAGCUCAACCAAAUGAAACCCAAACCGAUAUAACCAAUUGCAAACCAGACCAUUAGCAGCUUGAGUCUUAGGCCCUAGACCCUAGUACUUGAUUUAGUAGAUUUGAUUCUAGAAUUAGACUGUGUCAGGGUUCUCGGUACCGUAGUUACCAGCGUUGCUUCUUACCAUGCAAGCUUCGUAUGUUCUAGCCGCCUUAAUGGAGUCAUAGGUGCUGCUCUCUGUAUGUUUGAUGAAAUGUCUAUAUUUAAGUUGGUAUCUUGAAGGCACCGACUGACACUGACUGAUCAAUGGCCUGCUGCUCUUUUCUGAUGUAGACACUCAGAAUUUCAUCGCAUGCAGCAUGGUCAUCAAUCUUACCAGUGGAAAACACAUUCCAAGCCAUGCUGGGGGCGCGUGUGCAGCUGAAGGGGUGGCAACAGGCAGCUGUUGCGUUUGGUUCUGCAUUUGGGGCCUUGCUUGACCCUAGAAGGGCUGAUCUGAUAGCUGCUCUUGGAGAGACUACCGGGAAGCCUGCAUUUGAGCUUGUGCUUCAGCGAAUGAAGAAUAGCGCAGAAGGCAGGGAAGUUCUCUUGGAGCGUCCUCGUGUCAUCUCCUCGCAGGUUUCUCAUGCCUGGGACAUGCCACAGAACACAUUCGGUGCAGCCUAUGCUCAGUUCAUGGGAUCAAGGAACUUCUCACCAGACGAUCGCCCACCUGUCCGUUUCAUGGACACUGACGAGCUGGCCUACAUUGCGACACGUGCCCGUGAAGUGCAUGACUUUUGGCACGUUCUGUUUGGCCUUCCCACGAACCUGAUUGGAGAGACUGCCCUCAAGGUGAUAGAAUUUGAGCAGAUGUUCCUCCCAAUGUGCAUGCUGUCAGUUGUCGGGGGCUCUGCAAGGUUCAGUGAGAAACAAAGGACAUUGUUUUUCCAGCAUUACUUCCCAUGGGCAACAAAAGCAGGUCUCAAGUGCACGGAUCUGAUGUCUGUAUACUAUGAGAGGCACUUUCAUGAAGACCUGGAGGAAGUGAGAAGAAACUGGGGCAUUCUACCAUGCCCUGAUCCCAAAACGAGAGGUGUAUAGACAGCCAUACUUUGCAUGAACUUGUUUUUAGUUUUCAUCUUUGCUUCUGUCAAUUCCCCAGUUCUUUUGGAAUAAACGUCAUGAGCUAUGUUUACUGAUACCUUAGCAAGUUACAAAGUACUAUGGUUAGCAUGUUGAAGGACGUCCGCUGCUGGCAUUUGCAAUGCUCUGGGAAUCGAACAAGUUCCUCGAUA